AUGAUGCUUUCUCGAGUACGGGUAGCAGCCCAAUCGACGCCUUCUUGGCCAACGAAACGCGCUGCUCCAAAUUCCACAGUGAUAUGCGUCCAAUCCUUGCGGCCUGAUGGGCUCGGGAAUUCGCCGAAGCGGUUCUUCUCAGUUACCGCCCAGUCCAAAAUCGAAGAUUACUUCCCACCUCCACGCACAAAAGGCGUGAAACAGGUGAAGACAGCAUGGACACAUCCGGUAUAUACGGACAAGCAGAUGAGCGAUAUUCAUAUUGCCCAUCGACAGGCCAAGAACUGGUCUGAUUGGACCGCUCUUGGAACUGUUCGAUUCUUCCGCUGGGGCAUGGACUUGGUGACUGGGUAUCGACAUCCUAAACCCAAUGAAAAACUCUCAGCUCGCUUCAAGAUGACUGAGAAGGACUGGCUGGUCCGGUUCAUUUUUCUUGAGAGUGUAGCAGGUGUUCCCGGUAUGGUAGGCGGGAUGCUGCGACAUCUGCGCAGUCUCCGACGGAUGAAACGGGAUAAUGGAUGGAUUGAAACACUGCUCGAAGAAUCAUUCAACGAGCGAAUGCACCUCCUUACCUUCUUGAAGCUCAUGGAGCCGGGUUGGUUCAUGCGCUUGAUGGUACUCGGUGCCCAGGGUGUAUUCUUUAAUGGAUUUUUCCUUGCCUACCUGAUGUCUCCGCGAAUUUGCCAUCGUUUCGUAGGUUAUCUCGAGGAGGAAGCUGUUAUUACCUACACCAGAGCCCUUGAAGAAAUCGACGCAGGUGAGCUUCCAGGUUGGGACAAAGUGACUGCCCCUGAAAUCGCGGUUGAGUACUGGAACAUACCCGAAGACCACCGUACGAUGCGCGAUCUUAUCAUGUACAUCCGCGCGGAUGAAGCCAAACACCGUGAAGUGAAUCACACCCUGUCGAACUUGAACCAAGCAGUCGACCCCAAUCCCUACCAGAUUGCGUAUGACGACCCAAGCAAACCGCACCCAACUAAAUCCCUCCAGAACUUGAAGGGCACAGGUUGGGAUAAAAGUACCAUCUUCCGAUGA